GCGCGAACAUUUAUUUAAGCUCCAAGACGAGCUGUCUUCGGGUGAGCAGCAGCAUUUUGCGAUCAUCAUGGCUGUCGGUACGCUAUUGCUUGCUGUGUUAAUAGCAGCAGUCGGAUAUCUCUUCAUGCGACUGCGUCGUAAUAUGCAGUAUUGGCAGAAUAAGGGCAUUUCCUGCGAAGAGCCCCACAUUCUAAUGGGCAGCAUGAAGGGCGUACAGACUGAGCGAUCUUUUCUCGAAAUUUAUAUGAAAUAUUACAACAAGUUCAGGGGAACGGGACCUUUUGCCGGAUUCUAUUGGUUCCAGCGUCCAGCAGUAUUUAUCUUGGAGCCUUUCCUGGUCAAACACAUUCUGAUAAAGGACUUCAAUAAAUUCUCGGAUCGAGGACUCUUUCACAAUCCCGACGAUGACCCGCUUUCUGGCCAACUUUUCCUAUUAGAUGGCCCCAAGUGGAAAGCAAUGCGGAAUAAACUUUCAUCCACUUUCACGUCUGGCAAAAUGAAGCACAUGUUUCAUACGGUGGUGAAAAUAAGCCACGAGUUCGUCGAGGUCUUUGGGGACAUGGCAGACAAGUCUCCGGAAGUUGAGGUCAGGGAGUUAAUGGCUCGAUUCACUACGGAUGUCAUCGGCAGUGUUGCCUUUGGCAUUGAGUGCUGCAGUCUGAAGGAUCCUGAGGCUGAGUUCCGAGUCAUGGGUCGUAAGGCUCUAGCGGAUCAGCGUCACGGUUCCGUGGGAAACACAAUAAUGAAUAGUUUUCCAAAAUUUGCACGACGCAUCCACAUGAAAAUGACACCAGAACACAUCGAGAAGUUCUUCAUGCGGAUUGUAAGAGAAACGGUUGACUUCAGAGAGAAAAACAAUGUUCGUCGCAAUGACUUCAUGGACCAGCUGAUUGACCUGAAAAACAAUCGACUGAUAAAAUCUCAGUCUGGAGAAGACACGAGCCUGACAAUUGAAGAAGUCACGGCUCAGGCUUUCGUCUUCUUCGCUGCUGGAUUUGAAACGUCUUCCACGACCAUGGGCUUUGCUCUUUAUGAACUGGCUCAGAACGUGGAUAUUCAGAACCGAUUGAGGGAGGAGUGUAAAGAGGUUCUUGCCCAGCACAAUGGAGAACUUACCUAUGAAUGUAUUAGAGACAUGCAGUAUUUGAACCAGGUCAUAUCGGAAACCCUGCGACUUUACACAGUUCUCCCCGUUCUGAAUCGAGAAUGUCUUGAGGAUUUCGUCGUACCAGGCUAUCCGAAUUAUGUAAUCAAGAAGGGCAUGCCUGUCAUCAUACCUUCUGCGGCUAUGCAUCGUGAUGAGAAGCUAUAUCCCGAACCAAAUCGCUUCAAUCCAGAUAACUUUGAGCCGGAGAGAGUCAAGAAUCGUGACUCUGUAGAGUGGAUUCCGUUUGGAGAUGGCCCACGCAAUUGCAUUGGCAUGCGAUUUGGUGAAAUGCAGGCUCGCAUUGGUCUGGCGAUGCUUAUUGAGAAGUUCAAGUUUUCAGUCUGCGAUAGGACAACGAUCCCCAUUAAAUAUAGCAAGCAGAGCUUCUUGAUAGCCAGCGACUCUGGCAUUUAUCUAAAAGUGGAGCGAUUUGCGACGGGCACGACCAUGGCUAUCGGCGUCUUUCUACUCACGGCAGUAGUUGCCCUAGCGGGCUACCUCUUUGUGCUAAUGCGUCGCAAUCUGCAGCAUUGGCAAAAUGCGGGCAUUCCCUGCGAGGAGCCCAGCAUUCUAAUGGGCAGCUUGAAGGGCGUGCAAACUCAGCGAUCUUUCCUAGAGAUUUGGCAGGCUUAUUACACUAAGUUCAGGGGAACGGGACCUUUUGCCGGAUUCUAUUGGUUCCAGCGUCCAGCUGCAUUUAUCUUGGAGCCUUUCCUGGUCAAACACAUUCUGAUAAAGGACUUCAAUAAAUUCACCGAUCGAGGCUUCUUCAAUAACCCCGAGGAUGACCCGCUUUCAGGCCAACUUUUCCUUUUAGAUGGCUACAAGUGGAGAGCAAUGCGGAAUAAACUUUCAUCCACUUUCACGUCUGGCAAAAUGAAGCACAUGUUUCCCACGGUGGUGAAAAUAAGCCACGAGUUCGUCGAGGUCUUUGGAGAUAUGGCAAACAAGUCUCCGGAAGUUGAGGUCAGGGAGUUAAUGGCUCGAUUCACUACGGAUGUCAUCGGCAGUGUCGCCUUUGGCAUUGAGUGCAGCAGUCUGAAGGAUCCCGAGGCUGAGUUCCGAGUUAUGGGUCGUAGUGCUCUCAUCGAUCAGCGUCAUGGCUCCCUGGGAAUCGCAUUGCUCAAUAGUUUUCCGAAAUUUGCACGACGCAUCCACAUGAAAAUGACACCAGAACACAUCGAGAAGUUCUUCAUGCGGAUUGUAAGAGAAACGGUUGACUUCAGAGAGAAAAACAAUGUUCGUCGCAAUGACUUCAUGGACCAGCUGAUUGACCUGAAAAACAAUCGACUGAUAAAAUCUCAGUCUGGAGAAGACACGAGCCUGACAAUUGAAGAAAUCGCUGCUCAGGCUUUCGUCUUCUUCGCUGCUGGAUUUGAAACGUCUUCGACUACUAUGGGCUUUGCCCUUUAUGAACUGGCUCAAAACGUGGAUAUUCAGGACCGAUUGAGGAAGGAGUGCAAAGAGGUUCUUGCCCAGCACAAUGGAGAACUUACCUAUGAAUGUAUUAGAGACAUGCAGUAUUUGAACCAGGUCAUAUCGGAAACCCUGCGACUUUACACAGUUCUCCCCGUUCUGAAUCGAGAAUGUCUUGAGGAUUUCGUCGUACCAGGCUAUCCAAAUUAUGUAAUCAAGAAGGGCAUGCCUGUCAUCAUACCUUCUGCGGCUAUGCAUCGUGAUGAGAAGCUAUAUCCCGAACCAAAUCGCUUCAAUCCAGAUAACUUUGAGCCGGAGAGAGUCAAGAAUCGUGACUCUGUAGAGUGGAUUCCGUUUGGAGAUGGCCCACGCAAUUGCAUUGGCAUGCGAUUUGGUGAAAUGCAGGCUCGCAUUGGUCUGGCGAUGCUUAUUGAGAAGUUCAAGUUUUCAGUCUGCGAUAAGACAACGAUACCCAUUAAAUACAAUAAGAAGAGCUUCUUGAUAGCCAGUGACUCUGGCAUUUAUCUUAGGGUGGACCGAGUUUGA